UCCGUACACUGCCGACCGUAGCGGUUGAAAAUCGUGUUUCGAGCGCGAAUUAUUUAAACGCUGACAAGUUAUACAUAAAACAGAAGAGCCAAACGCUAGCAAGUGGCAGAGUGGGCAGCAAAAAAAUAAGACUUUUAAAUAAACGGGAAAAACAAAUUUUCCGACGCAAAUCGCGCGGCAUAAGGUAGGAAAAACAACAGCUAACAAGGCACGCCUUCAUUUUUUUGUUAGCAGCAUUACGUGAAAACAGCACUGCCACCACCACCGCACACACAUCGGCAAUAUCACAAACAUGUCAUCAACUGCAGCCGUCACACCACUGCCUGCCAUCGAUAUCGAUCAGCCCAAAUAUGACCAGAGCACUUACAUCAAUCGUGCCAAGCACUUCUUCCUGCUCACCAAUCCGCUGAAUCUCUUAGCCACCAACGAGGAGUUGGAGCGCGCCAAGCGCAUCGUACACAGUUAUCGUGCCGGCAAACCGGUGCAGGAAUGCGGCAGCGUUGAGGAGCUGUGGCGUGCCAAGUACCUGUACGAUUCGGCCUUUCAUCCGGAGACAGGCGAGAAAUCGCUGAUUAUUGGUCGCAUGUCGGCUCAAGUGCCAAUGAAUACGCUGAUUACAGGAUGCAUGCUGUCAUUCUACAAGACCACACCAGCAGUCGUCUUCUGGCAAUGGGUCAAUCAGACAUUCAACGCAGUUGUCAACUAUACAAAUCGCUCUGGAUCAACACCCAUUUCCAAAGAGCAAUUGCUUACUUCAUAUGUAUUGGCCACUGGUGGCGCGCUGACCACAGCACUCUCCCUCAACCGGCUAGUGAAGAAUUUAAACCCGCUAAUUGGACGCCUAGUGCCGCUUGCGGCUGUGGCAGCAGCUAAUUGCAUCAAUGUGCCCAUGAUGCGCAUGCAAGAGUUGAAAAACGGCGUCACUUUGCUGGACGAAAAGAACAAUGAGUUGGGCGUUUCGAAGAAGGCGGCUGCCGUCGGUAUCACAGCUGUGGUGGCUAGUCGUAUUGCCAUGGCUGCGCCAGGAAUGGUGCUAACGCCACUGUUGAUACAGUCGUUGGAGAAACGUGGCUUCCUCAAGCGCUUCCCCAAAGCCAGCGCUCCCAUUCAGACGCUCUUCUGUGGUUUCGUCUUGAUAUUCGCCACCCCGCUGGGCUGUGCAUUCUUCAGUCAACGCGCCGCAAUCGGGGUGGACCGUCUGGAAGAUGACGUGCAGCAAGACAUUAAAAAACACAAUGCCGAGCUUAAAGAAGUAUGGUUCAACAAGGGCUUGUAAGCCAAAAGCAGCCUUAUUGAGAAUUUCUUUUAGAGACUCUGCAUUUUUAAAGGACAAUAAAAAAUUCCAUUUAGUUACUGACAAGCGCUUAUCGUCGUGAGCAUUUGUGUUAGAGAAAAGUAUAAUUACUUAGCAUUUAUAUGUAAUAAAUUUAUAUAGUUGUUCGCGAUUUAAUUGUACUUUAGAUCUUUUGUAGUCAUUUUGCAAACGUUUUAAUUCUGCUCAGCUCUCACCCAGCGUUGCUUUGCAGCAUUGUAAAGAAAUACCUCAUUUGAGCAAUGUUCAUGCUUAAUGAUAUCUUAAUUAAUACUAAUUUAAAGUGUUUUCUUUAUAUUUUUAAAUGUAUUGUACAGGAAAUUGUUUAGAAAGAAACAAAACUGUGUAACGUAGAUAUGUUAUUGCAUACAAAAAUAAAGACUAUUUUUGAAUUAAUGUAACUUCAAUCAAAAA